UGCGGGGCAGAGAGCGGAGCAGCCUUGAACCACACCCUGGCAGCACAGCCGCCACCCAGACUCUCUCCUCCGCCCAGGGAAUGACUUCAUUGUUACCUCAGUCUGCCAAGGGGAAAUCCUGAGAAGACAAGUCAGUACCAUCUGUUGUCCAGUUUGACUGUGAGCUUGAAGUGCUCCUCCCAGGUCGGACACCACCGCCAAAAUGUUUCUGACGUACGACAAGAUUAGCCGGGUGCUCUUCUGGGGCUGCGUGAGUGCCCUCCUGGCCACCCUACUGAACCUGCUGGGUCUCUGCUCCUGUUGUGUGACAUUCCCUCUUGCCUGGCUCCUGUCUUCUCUCAUCUACUUGGCUCUAGCAAGUAUGAAGGUCCCAAUGUCAAGGAAGGCUGUGCUCAUAACAGGCUGUGACACGGGCUUCGGUCAUGCCCUUGCACUACACUUGGAUAAAAUGGGUGUCCGAGUAUUUGCCUGUGUCCUCAAAUCCGGAGGCGAGGGGGCGGAGCGUCUACGGAAGGGGGGCUCCAGCCGCCUCCACGUCCUGCAGAUGGACAUUACCAACCAGGGGGAGGUGAAGAAGGCCCUUGAAGAUGUAAAGAACCUGUUGCCGGCAAAAGGUGAGGGAGAUAACUUGUACCACCUGUUAUGACAGUUCCUCAGGCCA